CGGAUGAAGAAAGGGAAAUGAGCUAUGAUUCAUCAAAUUCGUCGAACGGCACACGGCCGCGCGGGAACAUGAGAGCUAUGCACCGAGAGUCCUACGAAGAUAUUUUCACCUCCUCGUCAGAACGGGAGGAAGAUGUUGGCGGCGCCAAACAGGACGACGAAUCGGACUUUGACGUAUCAUCGGACGAGCCUCUCACGGAAGACGAC